GUGAGGGUUUUGAACAUAAACCUCAAACACCAGCCGGGUGAGGAAAAAGUUUGCUGCAUCUGAAUGCACUUACAAAUAAAAGCUUAAUCCACAGGAAGUCACAAAAAUGGCGUGGAGGCAAAUUCUAUUUUUCAACAGAAGAUUAAUCUCAGCACCUUCAAACUCGUCGGUGCCAACUGGGUUCGCUAGCUUUUCGUCCAAAUCCAAUCCUUACAUAGUAAAGGUAGGGAUACCAGAGUUCUUGAAUGGAGUGGGAAAGGGAGUAGAGACCCACGUUGAGAAGCUAGAGUCUGAGAUUGGAGAUUUCUCGAAGCUUCUUCUUACUCGCACCCUUAAGCUCAAGAAACUUGGCAUCCCUUGUAAACAUAGGAAGCUGAUAUUGAAGUACACCCACAAAUAUAGGCUGGGACUUUGGAGGCCCAGAGCUGAGCCUGUGAAAGCCUAAUAAAUCAUUUGGUUUUGGUCCUUUUAGUGAAGAAAAACAUUCUGCUCUUAUGUUCAUGUUUUGAACUUCUUGGAUGGAAAUUGGUCACAAGGCAGCCAACUGCAUCAGGGGGCCCAUGUUAGGGACUGUUUUUGAUCAGUGAAGUGAGAAUUUGGGAUUUGCAUUAUAAACAUACACUAAUAACAAAUGCCCUCUUUAUUUUACUUCUAUCAAGACUUGUUAAUUAACUA